AUGACGAGUAAAGUUACUAUUAAAAAAUCAUCACUGAAAUCAGCUGAACAACAACAACAACAACAAAAUGAUGGAUAUUCUACUAUUUUAUUCUACGCUCCAGGGAUGCAUAAAUUAGCCGAAGAAAUUCAAUCAUGUAAUGGCAAAAAUUCUAUUCGAUUAGGAGAUAUUGAAUGGCAUGAAUUUCCUGAUAAAUGGCCCAAUCUUUUUAUUCGCAAUUCUGAACAAAUCCGUAAUAGUCACGUGCUUUUCCUAGCAUCAUUUGACAAUCCAUUGACUAUAUUCGAACAAAUUUCCAUUCUUUAUCAUCUACCAAAAUAUCUCUGCCGAUCAUUAAAAGUCCUUUUACCGUAUUUUCCUACGGGUACAAUGGAGCGUAUUCAAAUUCAAGGCGAAAUUGCCACCGCUUAUUCUCUUGCACAAAUGCUUUCAUCAAUACCAUUAACACGUACAGGACCAUCAGAAAUUGUUAUUUUCGAUAUUCAUGCACUACAAAAUCAAUUUUAUUUUUCAUCGAAUGUUAUUGUUCGUCUUGAAUCAACUGUUGAAUUGUUGUUAAACGAAAUGAAAACAAAAGAAAUGAAGAAUGAAAAAUAUGCAAUUGCUUUUCCGGACGAUGGAGCUCAUAAACGUUUUGCUUAUUUAUUUAAUAAUAUCAACUAUCCAAUUAUUAUUUGUAGUAAAAUUCGACAAGAAGAUGAUAAACGUGUUACAACAGUUAAAGAAGGAAAUCCAAAAGGUUACCAUUGUAUGAUUGUCGAUGAUCUAGUACAGUCCGGUGGUACUCUUAUUGAAUGUGCUCAAGCGCUAUUACAAAAUGGUGCUGUUAAUAUAUCAGCUUUUGUUGGCCAUGGCAUAUUUCCAAAUGAAAGUUGGAAAAAAUUCCUACAUUCAAAUAAUCCAAACGUUCAUUUUGAUACAUUCUAUGUAACAAAUACGUAUCCAAACACACAACUAUUGGUGGAUAAAAGUCCAUUUAAAGUACUCUCAAUUGCUCAAAUUUUGUGUAACAUUUGUUUUCAAUAG